GUAUGUGCGCAUCAGAUAACGCAUACCAGUUUAGCGAACCCCCCUUCGACACGCCGGGACACAAUCGACAUGGCGUCAGGCAGACUUGAAGAAUGAGAGGUUAAAACUACUGACAAUUAAAGAUGGCGAUGCACAAGACAUUGACAGACAACUUCUUGACGUGCAGCAUCUGCAUGGACGUCUUUGAUGACCCCUGUACACUUGUGUGUUAUCACACAUUUUGUCGGAAAUGUGUCGUUAGCUACACUGAAACCAGACCAGAAGCCAUCAGUGCCAAGUCUCUCCUCUGUCCAUUCUGUCGUAAGAUGACCAAAGUAGCCGACUCAAACAGGCCAGUUGAAGAGUGGGCACAGGAGGUGAAACCCAGCUUCUUGAUUCAGGGUCUCAUGGAUUCCUUCGCUCCCUGCAGUCAAGCAACAAAUAACUGCAACUUAUGUGAUGAGGACGGGGAGACAACUCCAACCAAUGCUUGGUGCGUCGAAUGUAACGUCCCACUCUGUGAUGGAUGCCUGAAGGCACAUAGACGUAUCCCUGCCUCCCGUCACCAUGACGUAUCUGACUUGUCACGGGAUGUCAAGGUGAAGAAAAGACGCAAACGUAUGUGUAAAGAACAUCCAGAUCAGAGGAUUCAGUUCUACUGCAAGGACUGUAAGAAACUGCAAUGUCAAUCGUGUUGCAUCUUGUAUCACAGAAAGUGUUAGUCCAUUGUCUCGCUUGAAUCUGUGUUGCCUGAAAUGCAAAACACUCUUCAAAAUGUAAAGCAGAAACUAGAGUCUGAUUUAGCAACAUCAAACACUCGCCUUGCAAAGAAGGAAGCACAAUGUACUGAAAUUAACGAGAACAAGUCCAGCCUUCAGUCUCAGGUCCGAUCAGCAACCCACACCGCCAUUGACUUUAUAAAGAAGAAGGAAAGACAACUCCUGGAACAAAUAGAUGACGUCACAGAGAAACAAAUAGGACAGCUGAAAGGAGACAUGAAGCGUGAGGAGAUGUCCAGGCAGAAGAUUCGUCAACACUCGGAGUUGCUGGGCAGAGCUCUGGAGUCUGAGAGUGACGUGGACAUCUGUGAGAUGUAUCUGUGGAGUGAGUCGGAGGAGGCAGCCACUGUGUGUGUCCCGGAGUCAGGUAUGGAGGAUGUAUCUGGGGGCAAGGCUUGUUUCAUACACGAUCGUCAUCUGAUGUGUGAGGAACUAAACGAUCUACACUUGGGUGUGAUUGAUAUCAUUGUUGAAGAUGUUUUUGAUUCUACAUCUACAGCAGUUCUGUAUGACACAGUGGACAUAUAUGCAGAAGAUGAUAAGGAAAAACCCGAAGCUUAUGACGUGGCAGUGUUUGUUGUCGACAACACAGACACUAUAGUUGUCACAGAUUACAACAAUUGUGUGAAAUCCUUCUACAAAAGAAACAAGAAGUCAUGUCAGAGUAAGCUGGGGUUACAAAGCUCCCCUCGACGUAUUGCUAAAAUAAACAACAGUAAAAUGGCUGUGACUCUCCCUGACACUAAGAAAAUAAUAAUAGUAGAAGUGAAGCCUGAGCUGGUUCUUCAAUCAACCAUCUCGACAAGGAAGGGGUACCACGGUCUGACAUCCCUGACACCCACAACCCUGGCAGCAGGAUCCGUGGAUCCUCCCUGUGUGGACAUCCUGGACAUGGCGGGGAAUGUGUUGAGGACCCUGGAUCUUGUCACAGAUGGAAGGAAACUUGUAUCCAAUCCUUGGUUCCUCAGUACCACCACGCAGGGUAACAUCCUCGUGUCUUGCGAUGGAUUCGUAGCUGGCAGAGUCCUCUGUGUGACGCCUCAUGGAGGUGUUGUGUUUACGUAUCAGCCUUUACAGCAGAGUCCUUCCCCUCGUGGAAUCACUGAAACCAACAAAGGACAUAUCCUGGUUAUAGAUUGCACUGCAAAAUGUGUGAUUCAACUCAGCGCUUCUGGGUCGUUUGUGAGGGAAGUGUUGACGUCACGUGAUGGUAUUACAUCUCCGUAUUGUCUCUACCUGUCUGAAAGUCAGCACCUGUAUGUCAUCGAUGGUUACUGUGUGAAGAUCUACAGAUUUACAAGAAACACCUAAGAUGUGGAAGCAUAACGGUUGUUCCUGAUAGAAUCCGUCACCAUCUGAGUGACAAUAGUUUAUGUAAAUAUGAAUUUCCAAUACAAGAGAACAAUCAGUCUAGACUGUCCGCCGAAACAGAAUAAAAUUUGACGUAAAGUGCAAAAUAGUUAUGAAAUUUAUAUGGAUGGACCAGUGAUAUUGGGUGAUGACACCAGGUGUUCGCGAAAAGGGUAAGCAUGCCCGGCAAACAAAUAUUCUGUUACUGAAUGUGCAUGUAUUGCGUGUAUAUUUAGGUUAGCGGGGAGGGGAGGGCGGAUUUCGGGCAAGAGCAAAGGUCACCAACAACGUGUGCCAGUUGUUGGAGGCGACUUAAUGGAUCAGGUGACCUGGUUGAUUGUAUGUCAUCGUAUCCCAAAUACAUGGAUCGAUGCUCAUGAUAUCAAUCACUGGACUAUCUGACCACACUGGAUUAAUUACAGCCCACCCUCAUAUAGCUGGAAUAUUGCCGAGUGCUGCUACGAACAACAAACAAACAAUUGGCGCGCAUUUUUUGUGGCAUGUAAGCAACUGCUAAAAAGUAAAGCCUUGUUGCCUCGUGAAGUAUAUAAUUAUAUAUUUGUAAAUACAAUAAAACUCUGAUAAUUAAACCAUUAACCACUUCCUGUCAGUUUAAGUGUAUUUGUAAACAUGUACAUGCAUAAACAGGUGUUUACAUUUCUCUCAUAAUAAAAGUGCAGUCACUACCUU